GUGACCAUGAAUAAACUCAAGCGCAAGCGCCGGCAGGGGGAGCCCAUCGUCAUGGUCACGGCCUACGAUUACACCUCGGCUCGAAUCGCCGCUCUGGGCAGCGUUGAUUGCAUUCUUGUCGGUGACUCGCUGGGCCAAGUGAUCUACGGCAUGGAUUCAACCGUCCCUGUCACGAUGGAGCACAUGACCUUGCAUACCCAAGCCGUGGUUAACAGCCUACACUCUUUGCCUGCCGAUGCAGGCGUGGCGCGGCCUCUUGUUGUUGCUGAUCUCCCGUUUGGCAGCUACAUGACGGUAUCUGACACUCUGGCCAACGCUACCCGGCUGCUCAAGGAAGGCGGCGCCGAGGCUGUGAAGCUGGAAGGUGGCACCCGCGCCCCCAACGUCGUGGCUCAGGUCACGGCCCUUCACGAUGCCGGGAUUUCCGUAGUGGGGCACCUGGGGCUGACGCCUCAAACCGUAGCUGCUCUUGGGGGCUAUGCCGUUCAAGGCAAAACCUCUCGUGGAGCUCUGCGUCUGCUUGAAGAAGCCCUGGCGCUGGAGGCGGCAGGCUGCAGUAUGGUUGUGCUGGAGAUGAUGCCGACUGAGGUCGCAGCCAUCAUCACUGAGCAACUCUCCAUUCCCACCAUUGGCAUUGGGGCUGGCGCCCAUACCUCGGGUCAAGUUCUCGUCUUCCAUGACCUUCUUGGCCUCUUUGAUAAAUUUGUGCCCAAGUUCACCAAGCAGUACGCGCACAUUGGCCCAACUAUGGCGGAUGCCAUGACGACAUACGCUGCAGAAGUUCGUGCGGGCCAAUUCCCCGUGAGUGGGCAGCACGACUUUACCAUGGCUGCAGAUGAACAUGAGGCCUUUGCACAA